AUGGAAUUAGGAAACAACACAAGAAUUUCAGAAUUUUUUCUUCAGGGAUUUUCAGAAGAUCCAGAACUGCAGCCCAUCAUAUAUGCACUUUUCCUGUCCAUGUACCUGAUUGCCAUGCUUGGGAACCUGCUCAUCAUCCUGGCCAUCAUCUCUGACUCCCAGCUGCACACACCCAUGUACUUCUUCCUCUCCAAUCUAUCCUUUGUGGACAUCUGUUUUACUUCCACCACCAUGCCCAAGAUGCUUGUGAACAUCCAGACACAGAGCAAGGUCAUUAGCUAUGCAGGCUGCAUAACCCAGAUGUACUUUUUUUUGCUUUUUGUAGAGUUGGACAACUUCCUCCUGGCUGUGAUGGCCUAUGACAGGUUUGUAGCCAUCUGUCACCCCCUACAUUACAUGGUCAUCAUGAACUGCCCACAUUGUAUGUUGCUGGUAUUGGUGUCCUGGGUUGUGAGUGUCCUACAUGCCUUAUUGCAAAGCCUGAUGGUGCUACAGUUGUCCUUCUGUACUGACUUGGAAAUCCCACACUUUUUCUGUGAACUUAAUCAGGUGGUCCAGCUCACCUGUUCUGAUACCUUUCUUAAUGACUUGGUAAUGUAUUUUGCACUUGUGCUGUUGGCAACUGUUCCCCUUGCUGGCAUCCUUUAUUCUUACUCUAAGAUAGCUUCCUCCAUACGUGGCAUCUCAUCAGCUCAAGGGAAGUAUAAAGCCUUUUCCACCUGUGCAUCUCACCUCUCAGUUGUCUCCUUAUUUUAUUGCACAGGUCUAGGUGUGUACCUUAGUUCUGCUGCAACCCAUAGCUCACAUUCAAGUGCAACAGCCUCGGUGAUGUACACUGUGGUUACCCCUAUGCUGAACCCCUUCAUCUACAGUCUUAGGAAUAAAGAUGUAAAGAGAGCACUGAAAAGACUUUCCAGAGGCAAAAUGUAA